GAGAACGCAACCGAGCACAAAUACGAGAAAUGAAAAAGUAAACUUGUGAUAUUUGGAGCGGGAGCAGGCGUCAUUUCUCGUUCGCAAACAAGUGGGAGCAUUUUAGGAUAUCGGAACAACGUUAACUAGUAACAGCGCUUCCUGUAUUUCUCGUCGUCUCCCUCGCUGAGGUUGUUGUUGUUGUUGUUGAAUGGAGGAGCGACACAAGAAGAUUCUGCAGCGCAACAGGACAAAUCUCGUGAGAGAUUUGGACCCAUCAAAACUCUACGAUGGCCUUCUCGAAAAGGGAGUUUUCACCCAAGACAUGAUCGAUGAGAUAAAGAGCGCCGGGAUCAGGCGGGACCAGGCCAGACAGUUAGUCAUAGACCUGGAGACCCGCGGGAGCCGAGCCUUCCCUUUAUUUCUGGAGUGCCUUCAGGAGACAGGUCAGCACAGUUUGGCAGAGCUGCUUCAGAAUGGAGCUCCACCAAUUCAGCUACAACCUGCAACACCCACUCAGGUUGUCCGCCCUGUCCUCCAGCCUAUCCCAGUUUCCUCUCCAAUGGAUGUGGAUAAGCGCAUAAAAGAUGAGGUCCCUCUCCAUCCAGUACCCAGACCCACUACAACACCCAGCCCAUCACCUGAAAGGGAGCACAUAAGACCAAGGCCACAAGGCAGACCUCGACGGGAUAGCAUUCAGUGCUAUAAAAUGGACGCCAGCCCAUGUGGACAUUGCCUCAUCAUAAACAACGUGGAGUUUGAAUCUCGGAGCGAUCUGAGCAAUCGUAAAGGGUCCAACAUAGACUGUGACAAGCUGGAGAGAAGAUUCAAGGCACUCAACUUUAUUGUGGAAGUAAAGACAAACCUGAAACAAAGACAAAUCAAACAUGAGCUGUCAGCUCUAUGUAAGAUGGACCACUCACAAUAUGACUGCUGUGUGGUCAUCAUGCUGUCACAUGGGACUGAGGUGAGUCACAGCCGCUUCCCUGGUGCCGUGUACGGUGUGGACGGACUUCAUGUACCGGUUCAGAACAUCACAAACUACCUCAACGGCAAGAAUUGUCCAUCUCUACAGGGCAAACCCAAACUUUUCUUCAUCCAGGCUUGUGGAGGAGGUGAAAAAGACACAGGCUUUGAGGUGUCCCCUGAUGAGGUCCAGCCAUCUAUCGGUGGAGAUGAUGCAGAUGAUCAGACAGACGCCAUUCCGAUGUCAUCCAGCAGUGACUCUCUGAGCAUGUCCGAUGAACCGGAUGCCAGAGCUACACUGCCCACCCCGAGUGACAUUCUGGUGUCAUACUCUACUUUUCCUGGUUACGUUUCUUGGAGAGACACCCAGGCGGGCUCCUGGUACGUCGAGAUACUAGACCGUAUUCUUGAGGAAAAUGCUGCUACCGAUGAUUUGGGCACAAUGUUGAUGAUGGUUAACCACGAAGUCUCCCAAAACUCUGCAAAAGGCAUUUACAAGCAAAUGCCUGGUUCCUUUAACUUCCUCCGCAAACUUCUCUACUUUCAAAGCCAAGCGUAGCGGCAAGCUUCAGCUCCACAUUUCUCAGUUUCACUUUCAGGGAAUUUUUUUAAGUGUUGCAAAGCAUGACUGAAAUUUCUUACGAUUAUGUCGCAAAGUGCAUGUUAGCCUUUUACUGGUACAAUCAUGUCUGAUUUGUUUGUCAUGUCCUGCUGUAUUUUAUAAUAGUUGGAAACCUUUCUAAAUGAACUUUUUGGGUGAUGGUGUCAUCUUGGAAUGAAAAUGUUAAUAUAUUGUGAAAAUGUGGUUCACAUUAUUUCUUUUUGUAUUUAUCGUGUCUUUUUGUCACUUAUCAGCAGUUAAUGUUCAAGAGUCAACAAUCAACUUUAAUGACUUUUAUAUCAAAUGUUUUUAAUAUACUGAUUUUGUUACCAAAAUUGUAUUUUUGUGGAGUUAUUUUGUAAAUAUGAAGGUGCAUGCAAAGACUUUCCACUGACUAAAUAGUAGUCAAAUAGUGACCUCCAGCUAUUAAACUGUUCACUCUGACAUAAAUCUCAACCCACCAGUAGCGUUAGAGCUUACAUGUCUCUAAAAGACAGAGGAAAAUUAUACAGAUGACUUGUGUAUGUCAAGUUGUUAGCAUUAAUAUGGCAUGCUUGUGUUGCUACCACUGAAUUACAGUCUGUGAGGCUGAUAGCAACUGCAAGUGAAUUAGUAGUGUACUUUAUUAGACUCCAUUAGAUGGGGUUUGUGAGUCACAGAAGUCUUGACAAACACCUUCUAUGAGUCCUUCAUUUCUUUCCACUGCCACCAGAGGGCCUCCAUAAAAUUUUAAAUGGCACGGUUAUAUUUCACUGCACUGUUUCAAACAAAGGUUUAUGUCGAAUAUCCUGAGCUGAACAUACUCUGAAACAAGUCAUGAGACAAACAUAACCAUAAUGAUACCAAAUGGGAGUCCAUGGUAAUGUUCAUGUUAGUAAGAUCUAGUCAUCAGCUCUAAGUCUUAAGUUAGCACCUCAGGAAUUCUUUAAUCGGUUCAGUCAUUGUCUCUAGACCUACAUAAAAAGAGAAGCUUUGAAUAUGGCAAAUGUCGAAUAAAAUAUAGAUUUAAAGAAA